UAAUAAUGCGUGAUAAGGCCGCAGGCUAAGGACGCAAAAAUACAAUCGCCGAGAAACACAGUCCCCGUAUCCCCCCAAAACGAAGCUCUGAAGAUUUUCAUGUCCAUCUUGCCCUCACAAGCUCAAGGUUCCAAAGCGUCUUCCUCUCAAUCUCCCCCUCAAAACUCUAAUCCCAAUCAUGGCGACAGUCCCCAACCCUCUCCUCCUUCCCCUCUUCCCAUACCCUUCGGAUCUCUCCACAUCUCUGAUCCUCCUUCCUUGUCUCUCUCCACUUCCCCUCCAGGCACCUUGGAUUCUGAUGCACACGGUUCAGCUGGAUCCUCCAAAGAGGAUCAGUUGAGUGAAGUAGACACGUCCAAUGGUAAGAGGACUUCAGUACACAGAAACAGGAGGACUAAUUCUCAUUCUAGAGGGAAAAUGUCCGGAGACAUGGUUUCUACUCGAAAUCAUCAAGGCACUGUGGCUCAUGGGGGUGCUACACAAUCGGCAGGAAAAAGAAAUCAGAUGACGAAUUGUAACCACUUGCUGAAUUUUCAUUAUGACCCUAUUGUUCGUUCUCGUCCGCAACUAUGGGGACCUCCCCCGAGAAGGCAGCGAAAGAUUAAGCCUUAUAACAAAGAUUUAUUCCUUCAGGCAAAUUUCAAGUUUGUUGUGUUGGAUACUGGAAGUUACGCCCCUGAACUGAUGGAUCCAGAUAAGAGUUUACUAUGGGAGGAUAUUAUUUGUGUGAGGUAUUCAACCCCAUUUCCUGUGCAGUGCCCAAUUUGUUUGGAACAUCCUCAAUGCCCACAAAUAACAUCAUGCGGUCAUAUUUUUUGCUUCCCAUGUAUUCUGCAAUACUUGUUCAUGGGCGAGGAGGAUCAGAAACGUGAGUGCUUCAAAAGGUGCCCUUUAUGUUUUGUAACGGUAUCCCAGAAGGAUCUGUACACCAUCUAUAUUGAGAAUGUUAGACAAUGUUGCGUGGGCAAUACGAUAGAGUUUAUGCUUCUAGCGCGACAAAAAGAUUCAUUUGUUCCAUCUCAGAAAAGUAAAAAAGAGACGAGCACCAUGCAGUGUGGUGAGGAGGACAUGUAUGAUCCCUUUUCAAAGUUUAUAUUUACUUCAGAUGUUGAUCUGUCAGUUAGACAAGCUAUAUCUGAUUUAGACAGCUGGCUGGCCAUAGCAGAUUCAGGGCUUGUUGAUGAUUUGGAGAAGCUUCCGUAUGUUUGUGCUGCAAUGGAACUAUUAGAACAGAGGAAGAAGUACUGGAAGGAGCACCGAGCCACUGAUAGCAAUAAAGCUAGUAUAAACACUGCUUGUAAGGUGGGGUCUGAUAAAUUUACUUUAAAUGUUUCCAAAGCUAUCGGUAAUAUACACAGUUCUGGAGGGAGAACUUUAUCUUCUGGGGAUGAUGAGCACAGUAAGUGUAACUUCAACUCAAAAACAGACGGGUCAAAUGGAGGGAGUGCCUUGGAUCAAAGUGCUGUCGUAGUUGAAUCUGUAGAAGCUGAAGACUCAUCUAUAACUUUAUCAAUUGAAGAAAGCAAGAACUUGCAAGAGUGCUUAGACGGCUCCAAAGAUGCAAAGGACAAUGGCUCUUACAAUUUCUACCAGGCGGUGGAUGGGCAGCACAUCAUUCUCCAUCCUUUAAACGUGAAGUGUCUCCUACACCAUUAUGGAAGCUAUGAUUUGUUGCCACUCAGAGUAAGUGGAAGGAUUUUAGAGUUGGAAACUGUCACUCAGUCUGAGGCAGUGAGGAGGAGAUAUCGAUUCUUAAGUCAUUUUUCCUUGACAACAACUUUUCAGCUUUGUGAAAUUGAUUUGAGUGGUAUUCUUCCAUCUGAUGCUUUGCUGCCAUUUAUGGAUGAAAUCAAGAGGCGUGAAAAACAGAGGAAGCAGCUAGCUAGAAAGGAGCAAAAGGAGAAAAUCAAGGCUGAAGUUGCUGCUGCAGUGCAGUUUACACCCGUUAUAUCUAGCUUUGGGCACUCCUCUUACAAUGAUUCCCCUUCAUUCUCUAUGGAUGACUUUGAAGCCCUUGGAAGUUCUAAUGUGAUAUCAUCAAGUCCCCCAGUCACAGGGGAGAGAAAACUGUUUUCAAAUGUUACUAGGUUUGGUUUUGCUGCUGCACAUGAUUCUCCUUCAUUGAAAAUUGAGGAAGGAAAUGGUACACAUAACAAUGAGGGGGCAACCGAUUCCCCAGCUGCAGCCGGCUCAAGAAAUUCAGGCACGGCUUCAUUUGCCAAUGUUAUAUCAAGAGCAAAGGCUGCUGAAAAUUUGCAGACGCCUAAGAUGAAUGAGAUGGGAAAGAAAGGAAAGAAAGGAGGCAGGGUUCUUUUGUCCACGGCUGGUGGUAGGCGCUAUUGAUAUCUUGGCCUCGACACGACUCAAUUUUGUUUGGCCUUCAUAACCAAACAAAGAGAAUAACACUUGUGUAGCCUAUUUUUAUCUCAUCUUUGUGAAUUUAACCUGACCGGCUUUAGUGACAAUUGGAAGAAUAAAAAUGUAAACUAACAUUAUAACAUUUCCUGCUAUGUAAAUCCAUGAUGCUGUGGUUCUUCCGUUUAAGAA